AUGAAAAAACAAUCCAAACCUAUUAUUCAUGGCAAUGCAAGCCCAGCAGAAGUCUUUCAUAGAAACCUGGUGGAUGCUGUCUCGAAUGCAGAAGAUUCAGAUGAAAAUGAACAUUAUGUAUAUCCUUAUAGCAGCAAUGAAAACCUGGCUGCAACUCAUGCCAUGCAUCGACCUAUUUCUGUUCGAUCAACUCCACCUACUUAUUUACAACAUGAUAUCACAAAAAAGAAUUAUGGUACACACAACAGUAGUUCUGGCCUUGGAGAAUGGCUUAAACAAACACUUUAUCAUUCUAAACCGCCUCGUCGUCAACAGCAUCAUUUUGAUGAAGAAGAAGAGGAUUUGUGUUGGUCAGGCAAUGAACAAUACCGCAGACCUAAAUUAAGGAAUCAUGUCAAGGAUCAUUUGUUACAACAAAAUAAGCCAAGUCUGCUGAAUUUAUGGCGUGAAAGUUUCAAUAAAAAGCAUACACAUAAUUUAUUACCGACAAAAAAGAACAGAAAUCCACCACAGUAUGCUACAUUACCGAGAAAAUUUUCGCCUUAUUACUGUAGUGCAACUGGCAGAGAUGGAUAUGAAGGCUAUACAAGUGACGAUGAAGAAGCACCAUUACUGUCAAGGAGACAAAAAAGAUCAUCACGGCCCAAAAAAUCAUGCUCAACUUUACCGAAUCUAUUUUUAUCGCUCUUGACAGCGUUGAUCUUUUUGAUGGUCAUUGUAUUCUAUCGAGCUCAGCCACUUGUAGAACUCACUGUGGAUAUUGGAAGAGUAUUGGCAACAGAUAAAGAACUUAUUUUUGACCUAAAAGUGCAAGCAGAAAAUUGGAAUUGGUGGACAAUCCAUAUCGCUGAUGCGGACAUAAGUGUUUUUGCAUUCAGCCAAAUUGUUCCCAGUGUUGACCCUGCUGAAUACUUGGGGAAUGUCAGACACUUUGAUGAACCACUUUCAAUACAAUCAAGGCAAUUUGGACACAACACAAAAGAAGCCAUUACCUUAAUUCGUAUAAAAUCACCCGGUGCAGACAGCAGUGGUAAUGAAAGAUGGCAAGUAGAACAUAAUGAGUCUCGUAUGAUUCGAUACCCUUAUGGUCUUGUUGUUCGAGGUGUACUCAAGUAUAGACCCAUUCCCUUCGCAGUCGGGAUGUACCCUCAAUCUAUUGCUAUCUGCAAUGUAACUCGAGUAGAUCCAACGACAGGCACUGUAUCUACAGACCCUGAUAGGACAAUAUGUGCUAACGAAGACGAAGUCGACAUUUUUUCUCACGUUAUGCGUGGGACUGCACUUUAA